CCUGCGCACUGCGCGCCGCACUUGCUAACGGUGUCAUUCUAGCAGGGCUAUUCCUCAGCAGAAAUGGCGGCCAAUGUGACGGUGGCCGGAGGAGGAGGCGGCGGCUGUCUGGGUCCCGGCGGCGGUGGUUCUGCAGGAGGAGGUGGAGGCUGUAAUAUUGGAGGGGGCCCCGGUGCGGCCGGCUAUUAUCCUUCCUCGGUGUCCCUGCACCCCUGCUUCCCCAGCGGACCCCACUGGAUGACGGGAAACGUCCAGCAGCACACGGUGCGCAGCCUGGACCGGGCCUUGGAGGAGGCAGUGAGCUCAGGCAUCCUCAACCUGAGCGGCCGGAAGCUGAGGGACUUCCCUGGCAAUGGCUGUGACCUGACGGACACCACGCAAGCAGACCUCUCCAGAAACAGAUUCCCGGAGAUUCCAGCAGAUAUUUGCUUGUGUGCACCACUAGAAACCUUAAAUUUAUAUCACAACUGUAUCAAGUGCAUUCCAGAAACAAUUAGAAAUCUUCAGAUGCUGACAUAUCUAAAUAUCAGUCGGAAUCUUUUAUCAACGUUGCCAAAACAUCUAUUUGACUUGCCAUUGAAGGUUUUGGUCGUUAGUAAUAAUAAAUUGGUCUCUAUUCCAGAAGAAGUUGGAAAGUUAAAAGAUUUAAUGGAACUUGACAUUAGUUGUAACGAAAUACAAGUCCUUCCUCAGCAAGUCGGAAAACUGCAUUCACUUAGAGAAUUAAAUCUGAGGAGAAAUAACCUCCAAGUCUUGCCGGAUGAAUUAUCAUCACUCCCCCUGGUAAAGUUGGAUUUUUCUUGUAAUAAAGUUACGGAAAUUCCAGUCAGUUACAGGAAACUACGCCACCUAGAAUUAAUAAUUUUGGAUAAUAAUCCAAUGCAGAGUCCUCCUGCACAAAUUUGCCUGAAAGGUAAAGUGCAUAUAUUUAAAUUUCUAAACAUCCAAGCUUGCUGUAGAUCAGAAAAGAAGCCAGAUUCUCUCGACUUACCUUCUUUAGUGAAAAGACUUCCUUCUCAGCCUCUCACAGACAGCAUGGAAGACUUUUAUCCAAAUAAAAAUCACGGCCCUGACUCUGGAAUUGGCAGUGAUAAUGGAGACAAACGUCUAUCAACCACUGAGCCAUCAGAUGAUGAUACAAUUAGCCUUCACUCUCAGGUAUCUGAAUCAACAAGAGACCAGGCACUGAAAAACGACAAUCAAUUAUUGGGAUGCAAACUUGAUUCUCAGAAAGGGCUUGAUCAAGAGAUAUAUGACUAUGAUCCAGGUGAAGAAGAUACUGACAAUGGUGAUGUGCAGCUUAGCAGUCCUUUUGUCUCUUAUAUUAAGGAACGAGGGAAACUAAGUGACAGAGUUGAAGAGAGUGAAGAAUGGGAUGAAGAGAAGAGGCUUCAGAAGGAGCAGCUUUUGGUAGAAGAGGAGGAAGAUGAUGAGUUGAAGGAAGUAACUGACCUGCGGAAGAUUGCAGCACAAUUAUUGCAACAGGAAAAGCACAACAGACGAAGACCAUUAAGUUAUAGAACAUCAUUCAGUGAAAAACUAUUCCAGAGGACACGAGCAGCUGGACGGGCAACCAGAUUUCUAAACCACACUACUUCAGGGAACACAAGAGAUCGUCCUAAGCAAAGCAGAGGAUCAGAAAAAUGCACCCCUACAGGUGAUAAUUCACAGUUAUCACAAUGCAGUUGGCAGGGGUCUGAUAAAGAUUGUGGUGAUGAACAAAGUUGGGCAGAAGCAGAGUCUGCAAUAUGGCAUUCAGAAGAAAGGAGACGAUCGAAGCAGACGCGUAAGGAGUAUUUCAAGUACAAGUCAUCCCGUAAAUCUUCAAGUGGAAAUGAAAAUGACGAGCCAAACAGUGAUAGUGCAACUGUAUCACCCUCAUCUCCUGUGUCAUCCGAGGAUUGUGAAAGAUCUCACAGUAGUUCUCCUACUCCAUUUGGAUUAAAGCCAAGAUCAGCUUUUAGUCGUUCAUCUCGUUCAGACUACGCGUCAUCCGAUCCAGGGUUCACAAUGAGAAGAAAAAUGGAACACCUGAGAGAAGAAAGAGAGCAGAUAAAACAACUGCGUAAUAAUCUUGAGUCCAGACUAAAGGUUAUAUUACCCGAUGAUAUUGGAGCAGCACUAAUGGAUGGAGUUGUUUUGUGCCACCUUGCCAACCAUAUACGACCCCGAUCUGUCGCCAGCAUUCAUGUUCCGUCACCAGCAGUGCCUAAACUCAGCAUGGCGAAAUGCAGAAGAAAUGUUGAGAAUUUCCUUGAGGCAUGUAAAAAACUUGGUGUUCCACAGGACAGACUUUGCUUGCCCCACCACAUCUUAGAAGAGCGGGGCUUGGUGAAAGUUGGAUUAACUGUUCAGGCACUCUUAGACCUGCCUUUACUAAAAGUGUCACAACUUUCGUCAGUGUAAAAUUCCAUGGGAACCUAAAAAAAGAGAGCACUGACCUUCUUGUUGCUAGUGUUCAAGCCUCAAGAGUAAAAUUGCGGAAGAUUAACCCACUGACACUGUUCUUCAGAUGUGAAAACGGAAAGGAUCCUGUUCACAACUAAUGAAACUUCACUAUUUUAGUGAAUUUCAGAGGGGGGAAAAGGCACAUUUUCACCAUUCCAGUUGUCGAAUUUUUAGGGAUAUAUUUUUGGUUUUGUAAUUGCUGUUUUAACUUUAUUUUUGCCUUUCUUUUGACACAUGGUAUAUAAUUUGCAUACAAUAGUCACUUUACGAAUUUUAGUUUACUCCUGUUCAUAGUGCACUGAGAUAUUAGUGCAAAUUAUACUCUAGACCAGUGCUUGUAGUUUUUAACCAGUGGAAUAAUUUGACAACAAUUAGUUUGAUGUAAUGAAUUAUUUAUUGCAGUUAUUGUAAUUUUAUAUAUUUUAGGCAUCUUGAGUAAUUUGUUUGGUGAAUUAGUGACUGCUACAACUCAGUGGCCUAAAUUAUUUUGAAAUUUGUAUAUAUAUUUGUAAUUUUUUUAAGUAUUAUUUUUCUAAGUCUGCGUUGGUGCCAAAAUAUUAUUUUUUUUUUUUUUUUGUAGACUGUUUACAUGUGAAGUGCCUGUGUAACUGAACUUUUAGAGUUUAAAUUGUUUCUGAAAACUAAACUGAGACUUCCAAAAAUCAGUUUUGUAAUGACAAGACAGUAACAGGGUUUCACAUUUUUUGUUUUUUUUUGUUUGUUGUUUAGUUUUUUUUAAGCAUUAUAUUUUACUUUUAGUUUUGUUUUAAAAUUGAAUAUCAUUUUGUAAAGUGAAUUUUAAAG